CAGAAGAUCGAUUUAAUAAGUGGUUAUCAGUAGUAUAAGAAGAAGAGAUCGAAUAUAUAAUAAUAAAUAUAUAAUGAGUUUGGAGGAGUCGUUAAGAUCUCUGUCGUUGGAUUACCUGAACCUCCUCAUCAACGGCCAGGCUUUCAGCGACGUCACCUUCAGCGUGGAGGGCAGACUCGUCCACGCCCACCGCUCCAUCUUGGCCGCCAGGAGCCUCUUCUUCCGCAAGUUCUUCUCCGCCGCCCCCGAAUCCCACCACCGCCACCAUCCCCCGGGGGUCAUUCCGGUCAACUCCGUGGGGUACGAGGUUUUCCUCCUCAUGCUCCAGUUCCUGUACAGCGGCCAGGUCUCCGUCGUGCCCCAGAAGCAGGAGCCCCGCCCCAACUGCGGCGACCGCUCCUGCUGGCACACCCAUUGCUCCUCCGCCGUCGAUCUCGCCCUGGAUACCCUCUCCGCCGCUAGAUCCUUUGGCGUUGAACACCUCGCUCUCCUCACCCAGCUUAUCAUAAUCUCAUCCAUUUCAUCACAAGAUAUAUCUAAUCUCAAUGAUAUGCAUCAAUCUAAUCUUGUCAUUGAUUGGUGUUACUUGUAAGUUUCUUCUAAUUUAAUACUCCCUCCGUCCCGCUAUAUUCGUCCACUUUUGACUUUUGAAACUGUUCAUCUAAGCACUUUGACUCAUCAAAUUCUCUCAAUGUGUAAGCCUAAAUAUAGUCAUGCGUGAUCUUGUUUGAUUUGUCUUAACAUAUAGAUUAUUAAUAUAUAAUUUCUAUAAUUUUUUAAUAUACAAAUUACAAGAUAAAAUGGAUUAAAGAAGUGUAUUGGAUGGUGUGCAAAAAUAAAAGUGGACAAAUAUAGUGGNACUUGUAAGUUUCUUCUAAUUUAAUACUCCCUCCGUCCCGCUAUAUUCGUCCACUUUUGACUUUUGAAACUGUUCAUCUAAGCACUUUGACUCAUCAAAUUCUCUCAAUGUGUAAGCCUAAAUAUAGUCAUGCGUGAUCUUGUUUGAUUUGUCUUAACAUAUAGAUUAUUAAUAUAUAAUUUCUAUAAUUUUUUAAUAUACAAAUUACAAGAUAAAAUGGAUUAAAGAAGUGUAUUGGAU